AUGUGACGUCACCCCCUCGCGCCCCGCCCCGCGCGGUCAUUCAAUGAUUCAGUGAUAAACACAACUCGAAGGCGCGUUCUCGUUCGUCGCCGUCGCUAGUCGCUCUGACCCGCUCCGAUCCAUGAGCUGAUGAAGGCCGUGUAGUGACCAGUGAAGCCACGAGCAUGACGGUGGCUUGCAGGCAACCAUCGCCGCAGGGACAACGGCGGUUUUACCAUAUUCUAGAAAAUGACUGAAGGUCGUCAACAUGACAAGUCGAUGUGCAUACGCAUCUGGUUGGAGGUGGGUCACGCGUGCGAGCCGCGGCACUCGUCAUCCGGCCGCGCCGACUGGCGGGUGUGGGUCCGCGGCGUGGCCGGCGCUGACAUCAGCAACUUCGUGCACAAGGUGGUCUUCCACUUGCAUCCGGCCACGGAGUUCGUCUAUCCUAAGAGAGUUCUCCAAGAGCCGCCAUAUGAGAUUCAAGAGUCUGGCUGCGCGUCUAUCGAAAUUCCUAUCCACGUGUACCUGAAAUACAGCGCCAAGCCGAAGAGGAUACGGCUUAAAUAUAGUCUACUGAUAGAUAACAGCGCACCGAGCAGCUCGGAGUCCCGGUGUAUCUACUACGACUUCGGGAACCCGUCCGAGCAGCUCCGACAGUGUCUGAUGAGGGCUGGAGGCGAGGUCAUCGCCAGAACAGGCGCGUUAACACACCCCGGCAGCUUGCUGGUAGUCCUCUCUGACAGCGGCGAAGAGCGGCCACGCCACAGCAAACAAAAGAAGUACGAAUUCGUCGAACCCAUUCAGACCAAAGAGCAUUACGAGAAGAAAGUUUACGACCGCUCCAAGUGCGAAUCGCCGGUGGAUUUCAGGAGUUUGCUGAGACAGGUGUCGAUGACAGAGGACGAGAUAAAGCACGUGUCGCAGCUGUAUUUAUCGUACAGUAGUUAUGAGAAGUCCGGUGACGCGCUGCCGCUGCCGCCGCUAUCGGAUCCGAUUUAUCAGGUACCCGAGUUGCCGGCGUCGCUACGCCGUGCGCUUACCAGCGUAGAGGCCGACUAUGCGAUGCAGUGACCCCUUAAGCUCUGUAUUCACAGACUUGCAAGAG